AUGAUCAACACACCGCCAACCUCGACCCGUCGAGUGACGCCCUCUGCAUCAUCAAUCACUGAUGAUACCAUCCGCAAAUCAUUAGAUACCAUCAAGACUCCAAGGUCACCUUACCUAGGCAAGAAACCUGCGCCUAAACGGACCAACAGUCUGCAAAUACAUAACAUGGACAAUCAUUCAGACGAGGCCGAUAAGGACAACAAUGCUUCUUAUUUUGAUCACAGCCCUGCGCCUUCUCAAUUGCUAGCGCAACGCGGACGGCCUCUAUCGUUCUACGACAUGAAAGAGCAACAAAAGCAGAAUCGCCAGGGAGCUCCACCAUUGAAUUUGCGCAAUUCUUGGCGUGGAAGUGGUGAGAUGCCGUACAAUUAUGCCGAUAUUAUUGGAGAUAAUCGAUACGGCUAUGCUCCCCCAAGACUUGGCCGGAGACAGACCCAGUUAGCCAUAGGUGGACCUUCCACCCCAGAAGCUACAAAAAUCUACUUGGGACUUCCAUGGACAAUGUGGAUGAACAGCGACGUCAAGAACAUGUUCGUCGCAUCGGUAGGAGAGUGGGUUGGCACCACGCUAUUCUUGUUCUUCGCAUUCGCAGGCACGCAGGUUGCCAACGCUCACUCCCAAACAUCCAACGAAUCAACAACAACGAAUGCUACAGCUGGGUUUAGUCCAAUCGUCAUGUUGUACAUCUCUGUCUCUUUUGGCUUUAGCUUGAUGGUGAACGUAUGGAUCUUCUUCCGGAUCUCCGGUGGCUUGUUCAACCCGGCGGUAAGUUCACUGGCUCAACCAUUUAGAGGUUUACAGACUCUCACGUUGUCGCAGGUUACUCUUGCUCUAUGGGCGACUGGUGCCGUCGGUGCCACUCGCGCUAUAUGUCUUUUCGCGUCCCAGAUAAUCGGUAGCAUCACUGCGUCAACCCUGGUUCUUGCCAUGUUUCCCACGCCAUUGAACGUCCGCACGACUCUUUCCGAAGGUACCUCCCUUGCCCAGGGUGUCUUCAUCGAGGCAUUGAUGACUGCUGAGCUUGUCUUCACCAUUCUCAUGCUUGCGAAAGAGAAACACAAGUCUACUUUCAUUGCACCUGUAGGGAUAGGGUUGGCUUUGUUUGUUGCAGAAUUGGUCGGCGUGUACUAUACGGGUGGAUCACUCAACCCAGCACGCAGUCUUGGACCUUGCAUUGUUACGAACAUGUACGAUACUGAACACUGGAUAUACUGGGUUGGGCCCGGUAUUGGCAGUCUCCUCGCAAUUGGUUUCUACAAGUUUAUCAAAAUGCUGGAGUAUGAGAUGGCGAACCCAGGGCAGGAUGGAGAUGACGACAACGAUCCAACGAAGAAUCCCAACCACGAGGUCAGAGAAAAGCAGCGAUUAACAACAGCAAAGGUACUACAGUCUUUGGGGUACCCACAUAUGAGUGAUACGCAAGGGCAAGCAUCCAUCGAAACGAUGAGGCAGGUUGAGGAGGGCGGAUUCUGCGGUAGCCGUACAACGUCCAUCCUUGACAUGGCGGAUGAACCAGAGAGGAGGGUGAACCCCGGCCUAGCCCUCUCGACAGUAGCUUCUAUGAGUGACAUGCAUAGUCCUAUUCGGAGCGGUAUGCACAGUCCUGUUCGACAUGGAUACACGCCUUCGGAGGCGACGGCUUCGGAUAAGAGGACACAUGUGGGGAAUGCAUGA